AUGUUCAGCAACAGCAAGAUCUUCACCGUGUGCGUCGUCGCCGCCGUCGCCAUCUCAAGCGGAGUGAGCGCGGAGAAGGAGGUGGCCGAGACCUUCUUCUCUGGACCGGAGGGCGUCGGCGUUGGCAUUCCCGGCGUCGCGACCGUCGGAGUGGGCGGUACGGGCGCCUACGGGCCUGGUGUCGUCAGCCCUGGUGUGGGCGUUGGCGUGCCUGGAGUUGUCGGUGUUGGCGCCCCCACCACCGUGGUCAACAAUGGCUACCCGGCCCAGCCUUCCAACGGCGGUGCGACGGCAAGCGCGACGGCGACGGCGAACGCGAACCGCAAGCUCCGCUCGGAAUGA